AUGGAUCAACAGCCUGUUGGCCACACACCAGGCGACGCGUCUGUGCAAGGGGCUGAGCCAUCUAACCCAGCUACAGCGAAUGCCGGGCACGGAUAUUUCGGCCUAGGCACUAUGGUUCACGAGACCAUCAACUCCUCUCGACGAGACUUUGAGAUGUGGGGGUGGGACCCUGAGUUUUCUCUCCAAGACGUUCAUGACAUUGUUGAGGAUUUCUACGGACCAUCAGAGAAGAAAGACCCAGCAACCGACCACAACGGGGAUCAAUCCGAGAAGAAGAAUCCAACAAACGAGCAGGAUGGAUCCAUGUCGAAGGUUUCAGCAGAUGAUGACUUUAUGGGCUGGUGGAAUAACAAUGACGAUGAAAGCGACGUAACUGUCACCGGUCUUGAGCCGACCUUGGCUUCACCUGGUUCACAGGUAGUUCACGACAGCCCACCAAGGUUCGCCCAAGAUGUGAUGGCUGUUGAUUCAGAAGACGAAUCUGGUAAUGGAAACCUACAAAUGCCGCCAGUUCUGCUUAACCCCGGAGAGUUCGAGCAUUCCCAUCUCUACAACCAGCACCCUUCGCAAGCUCUUCCAUUAGGCUCUGCGGAAUUCGAGCUCUCUCGUCUCUACAACCGGAGCCCUUCACGAGCCCCUGCACCAGACGCCACGAACAUGAACGAAGCUGAGCCACACGGACAUGAGCAGCAAGCUUCUGAGCAAGGUUCCCAGGAAGGCUCUUGGGCCGACAACCUGAAUGCAGCAUUCCCAGGCCUGCAUCUUGGUCUUCCUCAGGAAUACUUUCACCUUAUCCCGGAGUUGGAGGUAGUCUUGUGCACCCUCUGCCACGUUGCGUGCCCCAACACGCAUCGCCAUAUCGAACAGCAUCUCCUCAAUUGCCAUGCCCUUCCACACGUCCGCCACAUCCUUACAGCAUGCUUGGGGCUCUUCCCGGACAGCCUACCGGAAGACUACAGCGUUGCGGCCAUGAUGGAUCGGAUCAGGGACAAGCUCAAGAGCGAACCAACCGAAAUCAGCCCGAUUCCAUUUCUCGAGGCCAGCGAGGCUUACGUGUGCCCACGCGCUCACUGCAACUAUGUUGACCACGACAGCAGGAGAGUUCUGAUGCACUGUCGAAACACUCACAAUCUGAAGGGAUCCGUCAGGUAUAUGUCGCGAGUUCAAGCUUACUCUUUGCACGUGAGCAGGAUCAACAAGGUCAGUGUUAGGGCUCGCGAAUAG